AUGGAAAAGUUUGAUGUGGCCAUAGUCGGCCUGGGAGUAUUCGGAAGCGCAGCAGCAUGGCAAGCUGCGCGAAAAGGGGCAAAAGUCGUGGCAUUUGAACAGUACGAGUUUGGACACGUCCGUGGCGCAUCUCAUGACACGUCUCGUAUUGUCCGGACAGCAUACGACGCUCCAGAAUAUGUCUCGCUCGCCAAGGCUGCAUACAAAGACUGGGCUGAGCUGGAGAAGGAUGCAGGUGUCAAACUCUUAACCGUAACUGGCGGCAUUGUUGUGCUCCCAACUGACCGUGCCUGGACUUCUGGCGUCAAGCUCACGGAUUAUACAGCGAGUCUAGAUGUCAAUAACGUGCCGUACGAGCUUCUCAGUGCCAAAGAGGCGAGGAAGCGAUGGCCGCAGAUCGACAUUGACGACGGUACCGCAGCGGUGUACACCGCCGACACUGGCAUGGCGCACGCAGCCAAGACGGUCAUGGCUAUGCAAUUCGUGGCUCGCGCUCGCGGCGCCGUUCUCAAAGAAAACACGCCCGUCACCGCAGUAGUGCCUGUUUCACAAAACAAAGGAGUCAUUGUGAAGACAAACAAAGGCGAUUUCCAGGCAAGCAAGGUCAUUCUCGCUGCAGACGCCUGGGUCAAUAAACUACUCGCCCCUCUCGGUGCACAGAUUCCGCUCACGGUCAUGCAAGAACAAGUGACAUAUUUCAAGCCGGAGAAUCCAUCAUCCUUCGACCCCGGCCAGUUCCCGGUCUGGCUCCAGGUUAUUGACGGAAAGACAUUCUACGGAUUUCCGACUUUUGGCGAGCCCACUAUCAAGGCUGCUCGCGAUCUGUCAGAUAACUUCAUGACCCCGGAAGAUCGGUCCUACGUCCCUUCUCCGAAACUCUUGGACGAGUUAACCAAUUUCAUGAAGGGCUUCAUCUCAAAGGAUCACAAAUUUGAAGCUCUCCGAACUGUGACCUGCCAGUACGCAGUCACUCCGAACCGACAAUUUAUACUCAGUGCGUUAAGCAAUCAUCCCGACAUUCUUGUUGCCUUGGGAGCCGGUCAUGGAUUCAAAUUUGCACCGGUCGUUGGCCGUGUUAUGGCUGAAUUGGCUAUUGAUGGACAAACAACGGAAGAUCUCUCCAAGUUUGGUGUCCAACAGUCACCCGUUCGAAGUAAUCUUUAG